AUGAGCAGCCCAGCUAUGUCUACAAGUACAUCUACAUCACCAGCCCUCUCUUUCGAACCAUUUCCGCGUCUCCCUGCCGAAAUCCGAGACGCGAUCUGGAAAUAUGCGGCCGAGUCGGCAGUUUUCAAAACCAAGCACAGUCCCAUUCUCGGCGCCAUCUGGAUCUGCCCCAACGUCGACCUUACUCGUCCCGCAAGAGCGCUCCUCAUUUCUCCUCGAGACUUCAAGAUGGCAUAUUGUGCAAGACACUACGACACAAAUGAAGAAGAUGAUUCAGACGAUACGAGUAGUACUCAAUCACUCACCACUAGCUUCGACCCUGGCCACCCUCCCUACAGGUGGCUUCUGGGGGGUGAUGAUUCCGAUAUACACAAUUGCCUACCUGGGGAGCAAGAAGAAACAGCGUUUGAGGAGUACUUCAGUUGCAGCCUUCGCCGGCAUGACGCGUAUGAUGCAUACAAAGAAGAAUUGGAAUCGUUUUUGAGCCUCCUACAUACCUGUCGAGAAGCGCGAAGAAGUACAAUGGAGGGGUAUAAUUUGCUAGGCUGCCCUUCUCAGUAUGCUCUUGACUGUAGAGAUUGGAAUCCACAAGAUGUAUUAUUCUUCCCACUGGAUACGGGUCUUUACAGCGAGUUCCGUAUCACAAUGCUAUUCAGAUGGAUGAUCCGUUUAGGAGCGGCUGCGCCGCACUUUGCUGCCACCGUAGAGCACCCGGCUCUUCCCUAUGAGUCGCUGAUUUUCUCGCAGAUUCUGGAGAUUAUCUCCCCUGAGGACAAUUUUGCGGUUUUGGAGAGAUAUCCAGACAUCCUGCCCGAAGAACUUCUUGAGCGCUUUCUCGCCAACUUUCCAAAUCUCCAAACUGUGAUGGUUGUCAAAGAUACUGUAGGAGUGACCGAACGCCCACGUGGCAGCUUUGUGCUCUAUACUCCUUACGACGUGCGAAUUCGUGGAUUCUCUUACCUAGGAAAAAGGCCGAUUGAAAUUGAGCAAGAAAUCGCAGAAUUGCUUCAGAAGGCCGCUAUCCGAUUCGUUCUACCCAGAAAGGUUCCUGUUCAAUUUUGUGUCCUGGGUUGUGAGUAUUGA